AUGCUACCUUCGUAUCAACCACUUAGUCAACAAUCGUCAGUCUACGCCUCCUCGCAAAGUUUCUCUGGCCUUAGCUACUCAGAUAUUGGAAACGGUCUCGUUUCUACCCAGCCAUUUUCUGCUCAGUCCUCUCUUCAAGGUUUGCACAAUGCGGAUCCCAACUCCCCGGAGACGUUCAAACAGAAUAUUCAAAUUACUCUGGAGCAUGUAGCUCGAGUGCAAAGUUUAGCAAGAAGCACAUUGUCGGGAAUCGAGCAUGCAUAUCACCCGGGCAUCAGUCCCAUGCAAGUUGCGGCGGAUGCAGCUGCCUUGCAACAGGCUCUUCAGUCUCUUAUCGAGAUCUUGCGGCAGACUGGGGUUGGUGCGCUCCCUAUACAGGCCCCAGACCUCGCCAACCCGCCGAGCGAGGAACAGCUGAUGGCAGAGAGUUCACGCGCGAUUCAGAUGCUUUAUGAGCGUCAUAGACGCAUGCAGGAGGGUGCGGGCAUGGUAGCGAGUCUGUUGGGGGCAAGUGAGCAGGUAGGGAAGAAGUGA